CAUGAACGCUCUGUUGCCCUUAUAAACCCAACAACAACCCAAGAAGUUUUCCACUCAGGAUUUAACCCGAGUCCUUCAUGUUGUAAGAGGAAGGCACAACCCAAGCUGAGAGUAUAUUAUUGAUAACUCUGGUAGAGCAAUGAAAAUCAAACGCUAUAAAAGAGUUCAACAUGUGCUAGGAUUUUUUAAAAACAACUUUGGCCUACAACCACCAUACUGUGUAUUGCUGGAUGCUACUUUUUGUGGAGCUGCUUUAGAGGUUAAAGUAAAAAUCAGCGAGCAGAUUCCAAAGUAUUUAGGAGCUGAGACUAAAUUAGUUACAACACAAUGCAUCAUCUUGGAGGUAGAAAAAAUGAGUAAAAUAAGUUCAAAGUUACGUGGUGCUUGGAUAGUAGUAAAGCAGUUUCCAGUCCAUAAGUGUGGACAUGAGAGUAGCCCUGUUCCAGCUUUUUCCUGUAUUAAGUCACUUCUCAAGAAACGCAACCCAGCUAAGUAUAUUGUCGCAUCACAAGAUAACGAGCUUCGGCAGCGUAUUCAUAAGUAUGUGACUGGUGCACCCAUUCUGUACCUUCAUCGUAGUGCACCUACUUUGGAGUAUCCCACAGAAAAGUCCCAAGCUAUGGCUAAGAAGUCUCUUAAAAUGCUCACAGCCCAUGAAAAAAAAACUUUAAAGUGUCUUAAACGUCAGUAUAUUGGAAACGAUGAUGAACCACCACCACAAAAGAAGAAGAAACCCAAGAAUCCAAACCCUUUCUGUAAAAAGAGCAAGAAAAUUAAAGAAUCACAGCAACAAAAUGUGGUGGAAAUUAAAGGAAUGAGAAAAAGGCAUAGGAAAAAGAAAGAACGUGUAGAACUAGCCUAAUCAUAUGUUGAAUAUCUCGUGUAAUGUUGACUAGUAUGGUGCCUGCACUCUAAAGGAUGGUUGAGGUUGCAGUUCAGAGGCUCAAACUGAAUUGUGAUAUCAGCAUGCUUCUGGCAAGACAGAUUGAAUGAUGGUGAAUGUGUUUCCUCUUAUAUUUUGGGUUCCCCUACCUUGGUGAGAGAGGGCUGGUAUGUUAAAAAGCCUUGAUUAGUUAGAUAUAAUCAAAACUAAGCACUAAACCACGAGGGUCAUACAGGGCUUGAUUAGUUUGAUAAUUGGUUAAAUAUUCUAGAAUACAAAUGCAGAUAAAUGUUAAGGUUUUAGGCACCAAAAUAUUUGUAUUAAUAUAUUUACUGAUGGUA